AUGGCACCCCUUGAAGUAGAAGCUACUAGCAACCAAUUACCAAACAAUGAUGUUGAGCAACAAAUAGACCAAGAAAUCAAAGUUAACUACUCCCAAAGGGCACAGUGGCUUAGAGCUGCUGUGCUUGGAGCAACCGAUGGUUUGGUCUCCACAGCAUCCUUAAUAAUGGGAGUAGGAGCUGUUAGACAAGAUGUUACAUCAAUGAUUGUUACUGGUUUUGCAGGGAUGGUCGCCGGAGCUUGCAGUAUGGCGAUCGGAGAGUUCGUGUCGGUUUACUCGCAGUAUGACAUAGAGGUGUCUGAGAUUAAGAGACAGAAUAAAGCUUCAGUUGAUGAUGAGAAAGAAAGUCUGGAUGAGAGUGAUAAAGAAGACUUGCCAAACCCAUUCAAGGCUGCUGGAGCAUCAGCUCUUUCAUUUGUUGUUGGAGCUCUGGUGCCACUUCUAUCAGCUUCUUUUAUAAAGGAUUAUAAGGUGAGGUUAGGGGUGGUGAUUGCACUUUCAAGCUUGGCUUUGUUGGUGUUUGGAGGUAUAGGUGCUGUGUUGGGGAAGUCACCUUUGAAGAGGUCUUCUUUGAGGGUGUUGGUUGGGGGUUGGGUGGCUAUGGGUAUAACUUAUGGGUUGACCAAGUUGAUUGGGCUGGCUGGGCUUUAA